CAAGUAGCCCGAUCGAAAACUGACAGGCAAAAACAUUGACAAUUCACUGGUCUAUAGAGGCGUUAUCUUAUAUCCCACAGACGAAAACAAGCGAGGUAGUUUCACUGCGGCCAGCUGCAGGUGACCUGACAAUCGACUAAUUUGAUUAGAGCGGAUCAAUCACAAGGGGCAGUCGGCUAUCUAAAGAAAAGGGAGAUUUAAUUAUCCUGAGGCUUUACAUGUACGCUUGCUAUAGAACAGUUAAGCUAGACGGUAGUGAAGGUGUUUUUUCGAGUAGAUUUCGGGGAUCUGGCAGAUCGGUGUCAGUUGUGAGGCUGGAGAGAUCAUCCACGCGCUCGAGGAAGGAGGUGUGACCACAAGCGCGCUGACGUAUCAGAGAACCGAGUACUCGCUCUUGCAUGAUUAACAGGUUGUAACUUGGAUGGAGGGCUAAACUGAACUUGAAACAUUCUUUUAGUUCUCCCUUUCUUUGCCGGGGAACAUUUUCUCGCUCGUAGGACUACAAUAAAGGGAGUCCCUCGAGGGCGGUAUCCACCAUGUCGCUGUCCGUGCGGCCUUCUCGCAGGGUGCUCACACGCUCCAUCACUAGGAGCCAGUCCUUCGCUGGGGUCAACUCCUACGACAAGUCCUACCGGAACCUGUCAGUGUUCAGCACCCCGGGCCUGAGCAGGAAGCCGUCCAGAGCCAGCAGGAUGUUCACCCUGUCCACCAAGUCCCCGCCCCCUAAGGUGCCCCAGCCUGAGAGGCUGGACGAGGUCUACGAGGCUCUGAAGAGAGGCCUGCAGUCAUACCUGCAGGUGCACCAGCUGGAGCUGGAAGGACUGAGCAGACAGAUGAGGGAGUCCAAGAGGAACUCCAGGCUGGGCUUCCUGUAUGAGCUGGACAAGCAAGUCAAGGUGAUCGAGAGGUUCAUGAGAAAACUUGAGUUUCAUCUCAGCAAGGUAUGUCUCCUUUAUGGGUGUGUGUGUGUGUCUCCAGACAGAGACACACUGGUUUGGGGUUCAGCAGCUAAAUACACACUGCAGUGGGAGUGACCACUGACAUUACAGCUCUGAGUUCUCAAAACAAGACAUGUGGAGGCCUGUUUUCACACACACACACACACACACACACACACACACACACACAGUGUGUUUUGUCGUGGUUUAGUGGCGGGGGUUUGGCCUCAGGCUAGUUUGACAUUCCAGACCCUUUAGUUAGCCCUUACUCGGCUGGUGUCACUUCUC